UGGUUCCACAGCCAAUCAUAUGUAAGCUCUUUAGGUUGCCAAGAAACACAGGCGGCAAAAUAGCAGCAGCAUGUAGUUAUGGAAGCUAGUAAAAGUAGAGGACCAGAAAUAGUUCAAACAAAAUAUAAGCGGCCUCGGCAUCCGUCAAAAAGGGCUAACGACAAAAGGCGGAAUAAAACGAGGAUUAAUAUUGGAGACUCUUUUCAAAGGUGGAGAAGUCUUAGAGACCAAAUGAAUCUCAAGACGGAUGCCGAGUUGGCCAAGUUUCUCCUUGACGGAGUACCAGCCACAGAUAUUGUUGUUUGCAUUGGUGAUGAUGAUGAUGACAGCAAGUUAAGUACUAAUCCAGACUCAGAAAUGGAGCAAGAAAACAGGACGAGCUCCUCAGAGGAGACAGGAGAUGUGUCAGAUGGAGAAGAAACAACUGACAGUUUCAAGGAUGACAGUAAUGAUAUCGACUAUACACCCGAUUCAAGUGUUCACAUGAGUUUUCCUGUAAAAGUCCAGAAAAAGCUUACUGUCGCCACCAGAAACGAAGCUGCAAACAGCGAGUCAGGACUGCAACCACCAGCAAUGAACAACAUCCAAGAUAACAGAAAACCAAAGAAGAAGCAUCUGUGUCCAAACUGUGGAAGAGAGUUUCCUCACAGCUCUGCCUUGAAACGGCAUCUUGUGAUUCACUCAGGAAAAAGGCCGUUUAAAUGCUUCAUAUGUGGAAGAGGAUUCACUCAGGAUGGAAACCUCAAAACUCACAUGAAAGUACACAAAGGAGAGCUGCAUAAGUGGACAUUAGUCCAAGAAAAGAAGCAGCUUCCAGAAGCUCGUAUAGCAGCUAAUAUUUGUGGGGAGUGUGGAAUGGACUUUCCUGAGAAACAGCAGCUGGAGAAACAUCGCGAGAGCCACAAGAAGCCCUACGCCUGUCCUGACUGCGGCAAGACAUUCAAAAGGGAGAAUUCUGUGGAAAUCCACCAGCGCAUACAUUCGGGAAAGUCACCCUUCUGCUGUUCUGAGUGUGGAAAGACUUGUGGCACAGCACAGUUACUUAGAACGCAUCUGGCAGUCCACACUGGACAAAAGAACUUUCACUGCAAUCAGUGUGGGAGGUCUUUUAUACAGCACACAAAUCUGAAAGUUCAUCUCAAAACCCACACUGGCGAGCGGCCUCACUUGUGCUCGGUUUGUGGUAAAUGUUACUCCAGAGCACAGACCCUUAAAAACCACCUGCGAGUUCAUACAGGAGAGAGACCUUACACGUGUGAGAAAUGUGGAAAAUGUUUCAGCUUCACGCAGACUUAUUCAGCCCAUCUGAAGAUUCAUGACAAGAAGCCAAAGCCACCUACAAGACCUCUGGGGAGACCCAAACAGCAGCCGCUAAUGGGAAACGAUCAAAAUGCAGCAGCCUGAGACCUGAGGGGGUCAGACAAGCUUGUGUUGUAUAUUGUCAGCAGUUAUCUCAGGGUUGUGGGAGUUUAAACUAAAGCAAUUUAAAAACUAA